AUGGCUUUCAUUAAUGAUCUGGAGAUUGCAAAGUUGCAGGAUACUCUGACAACAAGGAAAGCUGCACAUGAGAUUAUCGAAAAUUUUUUGCCGAUGCUGCGUAAUUCCUUUAGCAACAUCCCACACUCUGAUGCAUACAACAGGCGUGCAGGUCGUGUUGCAGCCAGUCUACUCCCAGAGGGAUUUGAAUGUUGGACUCCACUGUCUUGUAGGGCUGACGGAAACUGUCUUUCAUUCUGCUUCAAUACUCUUAAUCGGGAAUGAAAGUUUAUCUGGUAUUUUGCGUUUGUUGACCGUUGCUGAACUGUUCGCUCAUUCCAAUUUUUGCGCUGAUCAUUGGCAAAUAAUUCCAUUUUCACAAGCUUCUGGUUAUUCAAAAGGAGCGAUUUUUAAUAUCCUUCUAAGUUGAUGAUUUAGCAGCAGAAGCGUACGCUGGAAAUUUAAAUAAUGCGUCACGUGCCAUCGAAGUUCUGGCUAAAGAAACUGCAAAACCAUAUGUGUUUUCCAGUCAGUUUCACAUCUUUGCACUUGCAUCUGUAAUUGGUCGACCAAUAUUUUCUGUAUAUCCAGACAUUCCUGACAGCAUCGCAAUUGAGAAGGCCUUGCAUGGUGUAUGUAAUCCAAGACAACGUUUUCAGGAAGAUGACUCUCUCGGCACAGGGGAUCCAGUUCACAUCAUGUGGACAAGGGUAACACAUUCCCAAUUACAAGGCUGGAGACCAAAUCACUUCACACCCAUAGUACCUUUUUCGACGUAUACAGACAGCUCAAGCUUUGCCAAAGUCGUUAAAAUUGGAACGAAACGGAUGCAACAUUUCGCAUUCGCGAAAGGCGACAAAAGCCAACGAGAACCAACUGAGAAGAAACAACUUAAAGUUUCAAUGAAAACGUUUCGUAAUGAACAGCUGCAAUACCCAAUAAGUUACAAUAAGCAGCAGCAGCAAUCUACAAUUCCUAAUAAACUGCAGCAGCAACCACCAGCAGCAAAACAACAGCAGCAGCAGCAAAAACAACAACAGCAAGAGCAGCAGCAGCAGCAACAACAACAACAUCACCACCAACAACAACAACAGCAGGCAACAUUUUCUAAUAAACAACGGCAAGAUUUAUCAAUUCGUAGUGAACUGCAGCAACCAGGAUCCAUUUCUAAUGAACAGCAGCAACAGCCAACUUUAUCUAACGAAAAGCAUCAAGAGACAACAGUGUCCGCAUCAACCAUUAAAAUCUUCCAACAAACAGAGGGGAACGUUCACAAUAAAAGACAAUCCAUCUGAUAAAUUUAGCGUGUUUUCAAGGCCAAACCAAAUGAAAAAGAAACGGAAUCCAAAAAAACGAUCAUUACCUGCAAACAAUGAAUCAACAACAAGAAAAUAUCGUCUUUCUUUAACACGAAAAGUAAUGACGUGAUCAUUGAACGUAUGCGUACAACUGCAGCAACAAAAUCCACUAACAAGAAGGUUGAACUCUUCCCGUUAUUGGGACCAGGUAUUGAGUGGUACAGGAAAAAGGAGUGAUCGCUGUUAAGAACAUUUCAAGAUCUGAAAUACAAUUAGACAGUGCCUCUAAUGAAAAACAUUUGAAAUAUGUUGCGUUAGGUUCGGUGACAGGAAAACUAAAAGAAAAUAUAGACAAACUUUUACAAAAACUUAGUGAUGCAGGGUCUGAAAAGCAGCAGCAACAACAUUUAGAGGCAAUGAUCACAUUAGCGAAUUUUAUAAUUGAGGAUGGUCCGAUGGUUGAAACCCAACAUCUUGCAGCUAAAUACAAAGCUAUCAAAGAAAGUGCUGCAAAGCGCAUUAGCUCUAAACACUUAAACGUUGCCCAAAUAUACAUCAAUGGUAAAGCCUAUAUUUUGGAAAAUCCCGGCAAAGAAAUGCUUGAUCUUUUAGCAUGCAUCAAGAACAUUAACAACAUUGAUGAUGUGCGGAGCAUAAUAAAGGCAAAAGUAGAUGAAGUCAUUGGUGAUGAUGAUAGGGUCAUAUGCAAAUAUCUGGACACCAAACGUGACAGAGAUACUUUAAAAGCCAUUCUUACAAAACUAACAAGUUCGACAUUUAUGGCUAAGUUGGCAAAUGUGCAAGAUAAACAUAGUUUCCAGCAUGCAAAAGAUCAAGUUAGUAUGAACAUCCAACUUUUUAAAGGAAUGAAGAAUGAGGUUGAUGAGUGUCGAUUUAGUUGGCGAAGCCGGAAGAGAGAAGAAGUAUCGACUUUCGAAGGAAGAGGAAGAAUGCUAAAAUGUGAAAAGUUUCCAGAUUUGGCAGCCAUUAUGGAGUAUUCAUUUGGUGAAUCGGAUCACAUCAAAACAGGUGGCGGUGGCUUGGAAAGUCAUCCCAGACUGACACCAUUUUAUAUCGUGCUGCAGACAGCAAUACGAUCAUGCGAGAUGCACGAGAAACUAUUUUGGCAUUGGCACCAAAGGAAUUUAACAUUAGCCUAUCUUCCUGUUUUAAUUACACACAAAAUUAUAAAGAAGGCACAUAUCAAGCAAAACGUCAUCACUCCGGAAAAGGGAUAA